AUGAGAGGCGGUUAUUUAAAUACUCGCUAAUACUGUGUAUGUAAGCGUAUAUUCCCAGAGAGAAAGAUGGAAGAAUACUUGGAGGGGAUUUCGGCGACGAUGAUUGAGUUCUGCGGCAGAGAGGGAGCUUUGAAAACGGCGAUGGUGGCCGUAGAUGUCUCCCCGGCCUUCAUCGGCUCAAAUAAGCGUAAGAAGUCCGUCGGAGUGUGCAGGUUCGGUGAUCCAAGCGUGAAUUGCUCGGGAAAUUAUGUGUUUCCGGCCGACUCCGCAAGGUCCGGUCGUGUUCAGAGUGCUCGCCUCAUGGCUAGAAAUGUCGUUGUCAAAGAUAUGCGGAGAUCUUCGCCGGAUCUGCAACAGGAAGAUGAUUUUGUAACCGUCGACUCAUCAGCUUAUGGCAGUUUCAGCGAGCUUCAGGGAGAGACGGUCGAAAUCAUGGAAUCCAGCUCGACGGAGAAAAAGGGAUCUACUGAGGCGAUUCGUCGCCGCCGCCGAGGGGAUCAACCGGCGGGGAGAAAGCCACCAGAGGCAGAGAUUGAAGAGUUCUUCGCAGAUGCAGAGAAGUACGAGCAGAAGAAAUUCCUAGAGAAGUACAACUAUGACGUGGUGAAGGACGCGCCUUUGGAAGGACGCUACCAGUGGGUUCGGCUCAAUAGCCCUUAGCCGAGCCGGUGACAGACCGGCCUAUUGAAACUUAUCCCGUAAUUAUAUUAUCCAUUAAAUUCCCACCUUUUGUACAACACUCCCCUUUCAUUUACACUUCCCGUUCCACGAAUUAUAUACGGAGUAUAAAUUCUCCCCUGUUUU